AUGUCGACUGAACAGCCCGCUGUGCAUUCCAUCGCCUCAACCGCCGAAUACUACGAUCUAGGAUCGUUCAAGCGUACAAUUACCACGGAAAGCCCUGGAGCCCAGGAAUGGUUCAACCGAGGCCUGAUCUGGAGUUAUUCUUUCAACCAUGAAGAGGCCAAGCGGUGUUUUGAGCAAGCCAUUACCCAUGAUCCAUCCUGUGUUAUGGCAUUCUGGGGCUUAGCCUACGCCACAGGCCCUAACUACAACAAAUCCUGGCGGCUUUUCGACCCCCGCGACCUCGAAGACAGCUUGAAGAAAUGCUACAAUGCCUCCCGAAAGGCCAAGGAAUUGCUGAACAGUAUUACCGCGACCCCAGUAGAACAGGGCCUCAUCCAUGCAAUCCAAGCUCGCUUUCCAGCUGACCAUCCGGCCUCCUACGAUUUCUCCACCGUGGACAAAGCCUACGCCAACGCCAUGAAGGAAGUUUACCAGUGCUUCGGAGACGAUGACCUCGAUGUAGUCACCCUCUAUGCAGACGCAUUGAUGCACACAGCCCUUUCGGACUAA